CACCAAAGAUUUGUUCCAAGCUCGAGCGUAGAGCUAACCUCAGCAGCAGCGUUAGCUGCGCUGCUGAGAUGGGCGUUUACUGCCUCAGUUUGGGGCCCAUGCAGAUAGCAUCAUGUUAGCUUACAAGACCCAAGGACAGCCUCAUUAAUAUGACUGUAUCUUCCUCCUAAGUGACCUUGAAAUGUGCCCAUACUGAAACUUCUGGGUGGAACAGAACCAUCCUGAUUUUGAUUGUGGAAGAAAGAAAGAAAAUAAUCUAUUGAGCUCAUCUGCCACUACAUAGGCCUGAUUGUGCGCUAACAGAUCAGGCACCUUACAGAGGAGAUGGCUCCAAGAAGGCGUACAUGCAUUCAUACAUACACACUGCAGUCCAGCUCCACCAACUGAAACAACUGCAUCUCUUGUGUGGAUGAUGCACUGCUGAGUGGACAUAAAGUCUGAAUCCCUCCCACUUCUCUAAAACCCUGUCACCAUUGAGCUGAUGCCAGUGUGUGCAGUUAAUUAUGAUAACAGAAGAUGGUGCUUGAAUUUAGCAUCUCUGUGCAGGGAAUGCUGAAAGGGGCGAGGCUUUCUCACAAAAGUACAACAGCUGACUAAUAGUCUGCUGCCGACAUGGAUGCCAAGCUUAAAGAGGAUCUUUUCCGGAGGUAUGUGGCUGCCUUGGAGAAACGUCUUAACAACGGGUUUGAAAAUGUUGGAGUGGGCACUGUGCCAGGCGGGGACAGUGCCAAACAUAAGGACAGUGAAGCUCUUCUCUCAACAGCGACUGCCCUGUUAGGGGCCUACCAGCCUGACCCAGGACAACGCUUCCGCAUGGUGCGCUUCUAUGAAGUGGUGGAGAGCUCACUGCGCUACCACCGAGGAGCCAACCUCCGGAGCCUGGAGAGGGCCUUUCACACUCUGGAAACCAUCUGCACUAACCUCCUACUCUUCCCCUGGAAGAAGGAGUUCAGAUGUAUCAAGACUUUUACUGGCCCAUACGUGUACCAUCUGCAGUCUGCCAUUACCGAUGCUGAACUCCGCUCACUAAUGCGUACCAUUGGCUACUCCUGUGACCAUGAAUCACAGUUCCAUUUGCAGGAGCACCCUGGAGGUGCAAAUCACCUCCGUCAACUGGCAUUUGAGCUGUUCCUGGCCCAGGCCGAGUGUCGACUUCUCAGUGAAGUGGUGGCGUUGGCGCGUGGUGCGGCCUCAGAAAUGGAUGCCCUGGAGCAGCGCAGAGGCUGCAGGGACGAUGCAGCGGGCUGUGCGGAGGCACUUCGGCGCAGAGACAGCCUCGGGGCGGACAUGGCUCGACUGUCUGUCCGCCCUUUGGAUAUCGAAAGGCCCCACACACACCACCUGAGACGGGGCAGCAGACCCUCCAAAUCAGUGGACGUCACAGAUGGAGCAGGACACUGGCACCCUGCAGUCAGCAAACCAGUGUUAAAGGCCUCUCUCAGUCUGAGGAAGGAGCCGCUGUUUGUGGAUGCAGAGGAGGACUUGAAGGACGAAAUUCUGCGCCCCAGUAACACGGCCUCUCUUUUUUCAGUGGCAGCUCCCCCCUCCUACAGCCCUGAGGCUGACUUCUAUCCCAUCCAGACACCUUCUCCAGCUGACCCUUAUUCCUCCUACCACUUGUCCUCUUUGGAUGAGAUUGAUUUGUACACAGAGAGGGGCAGUGGAACUGGUGGCAGGCAGACCCCCUCAAGACCCCCUUCCCGAGACACGAGGGACGGGUGGCUGCAUAAGCCUCAUGGCAGCAUAAAGUGCCAGGGCUGUGGUCUGGGCUGCUCCUCCAUGGCGUCCUGCCAGAGGUGUGAUAUGAUCCUGUGUGGGGCCUGUCAUGAUGUGGACCCAGCUCCGUGCUGUGGUCUCCAAGAGUACCAUGCUAAGUCUCCCCGCACCCUGGACGGAUACAUCCCUGUGAAGGACAAGCUCUCAGUCUAUUCCAACACUCACUCCCACCUGCACCCCCACCCCCUCACUCUGACCCACUCCCACCCACACGCCCAUCCUCAAAUGGUGGACAAGCCCCUGAUGUCCACCAAGCUGUUUCCCUCUAAGUCUGUGUCCCAGUUGACGACACCAAAGGGGGGCAGCAACGAGCGCCUGAGCUUGGGAGGGUCACGAUGCGGCUUCUGUAAUAAGCCUGGAGCGUCGCACACCUGUGUCAACUGCUCCAAGGUUUCCUGUGACUCCUGCAUGGGCCUCUACGCCAAGGACAUGUGCACCCGCAAAAACCCCCAGCACAGCUUUGUGCCCAAUCAUCAACUCAACUUCAAGUCUGGCACCAUAUCUCACCUGGUGUACCGGUAAACCCUGGUACCCCGCUAACCUGCACUACUGCUUUAGGUCUUUGUUGCCUUUUAUAGUCAUCCAUGGUUUGGCCCAUUUUCUGCUCUCUGAGCCCUUUGAACUCUUGUACAUUUUUUCUUGCUGUUAAGGCCCGGUCACUGCACAUCCAUCUGCUGUGUAGUUCUUCUGUUCCUGCUACAUGCUCUUAAAUAGUCGUGAUGUUGUAGCGCUUCCCUCAAAGCUUGUCCUCUUCUAAGGAAACUAGAGAAAAGAAUUGAAGUCUUUCUCAUUUUAAUGAUUUUGUCCAAAUGAACAUAUACUUGCCUAACUUCUCAGCUGAAAUCCUACUAAUAUAUUAAUAUAUAUAAAUGACAUAUAGUAUAUAUAUGUGUGUGUGAAUGUUUGAAGAUGCGUAUGUGUGUAGAAGAGCUUGCGUUAUGACAAAACCCUUUUAAACUUGAAAAACAUUAGGGAUUACUGAGAAAACAUACACUGGAAGUCAGUGAAGUGGAUAGUAUAUAUUUUUAUCUAUUCUGUAGAACAUGUGAGACUGUUAAACAGGCAUGAGGCUUUGUCUGUGUGGGUUCAGUGAUAUCUCAAAGGACAUAAUGAGACAAUGAGCAGAUGCCAUAUUCUAGUUAAAAGAGGUUUGCCUUGUAAAUGAACCUUUCUGUUUGUGUGACUGCGUUUUGAUGCUGCUGUUGACUUGAGAUACUGGAGAUGUGUGGUUUGAGCUCUUUGGUAAAUUGCUUGUGUCAGGCCCCCACACUCACCCCUUUCUCCCCUUCAUGGUCCAUGAUGGUGUGGCACCCCCUACAGUGUAGGAGCUCACCGGAGGUGUCAUGGAGUCUCAGAUCACAGCAUUCUAAGUAUUUUAGUUAAGGCAGUUAUUGAAGGUCUCUGGAACAGUUCCUGUCUACCUCAAAUGACUUCAACGUUGACAUUCAUUGAGGUGUAGUGGUUUAAAAACCUACUAAUGUUAUAAAAAAAAACAAAAAAACAUCUAAACCCCAGUUAUUAAACAAAGACACCUCUGUAUACAGAGAUGUAGCUCUAAGCUAAAUAUUCUGGGAUAGUGAAGAUAUCAUAUUUUGAAUAAUCUGAGACGCAAGUGUCUCUACAUUUAGGUGAGAACAAAGUUUAAGUGUUAUGCUUUUAAUGAUUGUGUUAGAUUAAAAUUUGGUAAUUCGUACAGUUCCACAAAGUCUUAACUUGGAUUGACCCAUAGAUUUUCUCAAUCCAAACAUGUUAGAUGCUUUAAUUAUUUGUUUUGUCACAGAGUUUUCAAUCAAAGUGUGCUAAAUUAGCAUAAUGGAUUUUACAUUUCAGUUACAACACUACGCACUGACAAGCACCUAGUUAUCAAAAGCUGCUCUGUCUCAGCAGGGAGUGGUGACGGUUUACUGGAGCUAAUGUCUGAAGUCAUACAUCCGUUCUUUCUCCAUUCUUUACUCCAGAGCCUUUAUUUCCUUGUGUAUUCUUACAAAGGGUUACAAAGGGACAGCUGUAUGUAGCUGGCUAAUGUUCUUAGCUCAGCUUUAACUUACACAAAUGUGGAUAUCACCAAAUCUUGAGUGACCUUAGGGAGGUGUGCAAUUUAAUGAUGCCUUUCUAAAACAGUCAAUCUUUGUCAUAAAGUUGCACAUUUCAGCUCAUUUCAAACUCAUACCAGCAUCAAGAUGUUUAAGUAAUGAGCCGUGUUGCAACUUGCAGUGAGUGAUUUUAUUGCCAAAUGAAGAACAAAUGUCCUAUUGGAGAAAAACACUUAAUUCUCGUGGCUUGCCUGGGUGUACAAAUAUUGUAUCAAAUAGUGAAAUGUGGUUUUGCUAAAGCUUAGCCGUGUCUGUAGAUAUGAGCAAACUGACGUGGUCCUACCUGCACACCACAGGACCUGUAUCACUGGACUGAACAUCUGUGGAGGAUGCUACAAGGGCUAUACAGGCUUCAGGGCUGCUGCUAAGUGUGUGGGGCUUUUGCUGAUGUGCAGAUACUUUACGUUCAUUAGUAGAGCGGAGUCACUGACGCUGACAAGUUUAAAGAGCUCUGUACUUUUAGAGACAGGAAACACAUGGAGCCAUUGGAACAUAAUUGGUUUAGUCCACAAACACAGUCAUGGUGAAAAUGAUCAUCUGUUUACCUCUUUGUGUAUUUCUGGUAUAUUGUUGAUGUAUAGAAAGCCCUCCCCUGGCAUGCUGUGUUCAGGUCUGACCCUGUAUUUUUCCUCUCACCCCAAACUAACUCCUCAUCUCCACUGGCACUGAUGACCAUUGCACAAUGUCUAUGUGAAGGGGAAUGGACUUGCUACCAGUAUCUGGGCUUAAAUGGGGUGGAAAGGGAAAUAGCCAAAAUUGUUGAUCAGUGAAAAAUAUAUAUAUAUAUUGAAACAAAGAUUUUAUAAUAUAAUUUAAA